AUGGACCUUGACGCCCCUGACGUCAAACCUGACCUCAAACCUGACGUCAAACCUGACCUCAAACCUGACCUCAAACCUGACCUCAAACCUGACCUCAAACCUGACCUCAAACCUGACCUCAAACCUGACGUCAAACCUGACCUCAAACCUGACCUCAAACCUGACCUCAAACCUGACGUCAAACCUGACGUCAAACCUGACCUCAAACCUGACCCUUACGUCAAACCUGACCUCAAACCUGACCUCAAACCUGACGUCAAACCUGACCUCAAACCUGACCUCAAACCUGACGUCAAACCUGACCUCAAACCUGACCUCAAACCUGACGUCAAACCUGAUCUCAAACCUGACGUCAAACCUGACCUCAAACCUGACCUCAAACCUGACGUCAAACCUGACCUCAAACCUGAUCUCGAUCCUGACCUCAAACCUGACGUCAAACCUGACCUCAAACCUAUGUUGGAAAAGUCGCGCCCAGCGUAUUUUAAACCUGAUGUCAAACCUGACAUCAAACCUGACCUCAAACCUGAUCUCAAACCUGACGUCAAACCUGACCUCAAACCUGACGUCAAACCUGACGUCAAACCUGACCUCAAACCUGACCUCAAACCUGACGUCAAACCUGACGUCAAACCUGACCUCAAACCUGAUCUCAAACCUGACCUCAAACCUGACGUCAAACCUGACGUCAAACCUGACCUCAAACCUGACCUCAAACCUGACCUCAAACCUGACCUCAAACCUGACCUCAAACCUGACCUCAAACCUGACCUCAAACCUGACGUCAAACCUGACCUCAAACCUGACCUCAAACCUGACCUCAAACCUGACCUCAAACCUGAUGUCAAACCUGACGUCAAACCUGACCUCAAACCUGAUCUCAAACCUGACGUCAAACCUGAUCUCAAACCUGACGUCAAACCUUACGUCAAACCUGACCUCAAAGGUGACCUCAAACCUGACGUCAAACCUGACGUCAAACCUGACCUCAAACCUGAUCUCAAACCUGACCUCAAACCUGACGUCAAACCUGACCUCAAACCUGACCUCAAACCUGACCUCAAACCUGACCUCAAACCUGACCUCAAACCUGACCUCAAACCUGACCUCAAACCUGACCUCAAACCUGACCUCAAACCUGACGUCAAACCUGACCUCAAACCUGACCUCAAACCUGACGUCAAACCUGACCUCAAACCUGAUGUCAAACCUGACGUCAAACCUGACCUCAAACCUGACGUCAAACCUGACGUCAAACCUGACCUCAAACCCGACCCCAAACCUGACGUCACACUGACACCUGACGUCAAACCUGACGUCAAACCUGACCUCAAACCUGACCUCAAACCUGACCUCAAACCUGACCUCAAACCUGACCUCAAACCUGACGUCAAACCUGACGUCAAACCUGACCUCAAACCUGACCUCAAACCUGACGUCAAACCUGACGUCAAACCUGACGUCAAACCUGACGUCAAACCUGACCUCAAACCUGACCUCAAACCUGACGUCAAACCUGACGUCAAACCUGACGUCAAACCUGAUCUCAAACCUGACCUCAAACCUGACCUCAAACCUGACCUCAAACCUGACCUCAAACCUGACCUCAAACCUGACCUCAAACCUGACGUCAAACCUGACGUCAAACCUGACGUCAAACCUGACGUCAAACCUGACGUCAAACCUGACGUCAAACCUGACCUCAAACCUGACCUCAAACCUGACCUCAAACCUGACCUCAAACCUGACCUCAAACCUGACCUCAAACCUGACGUCAAACCUGACCUCAAACCUGACGUCAAACCUGACGUCAAACCUGACGUCAAACCUGACGUCAAACCUGACGUCAAACCUGACCUCAAACCUGACCUCAAACCUGACGUCAAACCUGACGUCAAACCUGACGUCAAACCUGACGUCAAACCUGACGUCAAACCUGACCUCAAACCUGACCUCAAACCUGACCUCAAACCUGACGUCAAACCUGACGUCAAACCUGACGUCAAACCUGACCUCAAACCUGACCUCAAACCUGACCUCAAACCUGACCUCAAACCUGACCUCAAACCUGACCUCAAACCUGACGUCAAACCUGACGUCAAACCUGACGUCAAACCUGACCUCAAACCUGACCUCAAACCUGACGUCAAACCUGACCUCAAACCUGACCUCAAACCUGACCUCAAACCUGACCUCAAACCUGACCUCAAACCUGACCUCAAACCUGACGUCAAACCUGACGUCAAACCUGAUCUCAAACCUGAUCUCAAACCUGACCUCAAACCUGACCUCAAACCUGACCUCAAACCUGACCUCAAACCUGACCUCAAACCUGACGUCAAACCUGACGUCAAACCUGACCUCAAACCUGAUCUCAAACCUGACCUCAAACCUGACCUCAAACCUGACGUCAAACCUGACGUCAAACCUGACGUCAAACCUGACGUCAAACCUGACGUCAAACCUGACGUCAAACCUGACCUCAAACCUGACCUCAAACCUGACCUCAAACCUGACCUCAAACCUGACCUCAAACCUGACCUCAAACCUGACGUCAAACCUGACCUCAAACCUGACGUCAAACCUGACGUCAAACCUGACGUCAAACCUGACCUCAAACCUGACCUCAAACCUGACGUCAAACCUGACGUCAAACCUGACGUCAAACCUGACGUCAAACCUGACCUCAAACCUGACCUCAAACCUGACGUCAAACCUGACCUCAAACCUGACGUCAAACCUGACCUCAAACCUGACCUCAAACCUGACCUCAAACCUGACCUCAAACCUGACGUCAAACCUGACGUCAAACCUUACCUCAAACCUGACCUCAAACCUUGCGUCAAACCUGACGUCAAACCUGACCUCAAACCUGACCUCAAACCUGACCUGAAACCUGGCGUUAAACCUGACGUCAAACCUGACCUCAAACCUGACCUCAAACCUGACGUCAAACCUGACCUCAAACCUGACCUCAAACCUGAUCUCAAACCUGACCUCAAACCUGACCUCAAACCUGACCUCAAACCUGACCUCAAACCUGACGUCAAACCUGACCUCAAACCUGACCUCAAACCUGACCUCAAACCUCACCUCAGACCUGACGUCAAACCUGACCUCAAACCUGACCUCAAACCUGACCUCAAACCUGACCUCAAACCUGACCUCAAACCUGACCUCAAACCUGACGUCAAACCUGACGUCAAACCUGACGUCAAACCUGACGUCAAACCUGACCUCAAACCUGACCUCAAACCUGACGUCAAACCUGACGUCAAACCUGAUCUCAAACCUGACCUCAAACCUGACCUCAAACCUGACCUCAAACCUGACCUCAAACCUGACCUCAAACCUGACCUCAAACCUGACCUCAAACCUGACCUCAAACCUAAUCUCAAACCUGAUCUCAAACCUGACCUCAAACCUGACCUCAAACCUGACCUCAAACCUGACGUCAAACCUGACGUCAAACCUGACGUCAAACCUGACGUCAAACCUGAUCUCAAACCUGACCUCAAACCUGACCUCAAACCUGACCUCAAACCUGACCUCAAACCUGACCUCAAACCUGACCUCAAACCUGACCUCAAACCUGACGUCAAACCUAAUCUCAAACCUGAUCUCAAACCUGACCUCAAACCUGACCUCAAACCUGACCUCAAACCUGACGUCAAACCUGACGUCAAACCUGACGUCAAACCUGACGUCAAACCUGAUCUCAAACCUGACCUCAAACCUGACCUCAAACCUGACCUCAAACCUGACCUCAAACCUGACCUCAAACCUGACCUCAAACCUGACGUCAAACCUGACGUCAAACCUGAUCUCAAACCUGACCUCAAACCUGACCUCAAACCUGACCUCAAACCUGACCUCAAACCUGACCUCAAACCUGACGUCAAACCUGACGUCAAACCUGACCUCAAACCUGACGUCAAACCUGACGUCAAACCUGACCUCAAACCUGACCUCAAACCUGGCGUCAAACCUGACGUCAAACCUUACGUCAAACCUGACCUCAAAGGUGACCUCAAACCUGACGUCAAACCUGACGUCAAACCUGACCUCAAACCUGAUCUCAAACCUGACCUCAAACCUGACGUCAAACCUGACCUCAAACCUGACCUCAAACCUGACCUCAAACCUGACCUCAAACCUGACCUCAAACCUGACCUCAAACCUGACCUCAAACCUGACCUCAAACCUGACCUCAAACCUGACGUCAAACCUGACCUCAAACCUGACCUCAAACCUGACGUCAAACCUGACCUCAAACCUGAUGUCAAACCUGACGUCAAACCUGACCUCAAACCUGACGUCAAACCUGACGUCAAACCUGACCUCAAACCCGACCCCAAACCUGACGUCACACUGACACCUGACGUCAAACCUGACGUCAAACCUGACCUCAAACCUGACCUCAAACCUGACCUCAAACCUGACCUCAAACCUGACCUCAAACCUGACGUCAAACCUGACGUCAAACCUGACCUCAAACCUGACCUCAAACCUGACGUCAAACCUGACGUCAAACCUGACGUCAAACCUGACGUCAAACCUGACCUCAAACCUGACCUCAAACCUGACGUCAAACCUGACGUCAAACCUGACGUCAAACCUGAUCUCAAACCUGACCUCAAACCUGACCUCAAACCUGACCUCAAACCUGACCUCAAACCUGACCUCAAACCUGACCUCAAACCUGACGUCAAACCUGACGUCAAACCUGACGUCAAACCUGACGUCAAACCUGACGUCAAACCUGACGUCAAACCUGACCUCAAACCUGACCUCAAACCUGACCUCAAACCUGACCUCAAACCUGACCUCAAACCUGACCUCAAACCUGACGUCAAACCUGACCUCAAACCUGACGUCAAACCUGACGUCAAACCUGACCUCAAACCUGACCUCAAACCUGACGUCAAACCUGACGUCAAACCUGACGUCAAACCUGACGUCAAACCUGACCUCAAACCUGACCUCAAACCUGACCUCAAACCUGACGUCAAACCUGACGUCAAACCUGACGUCAAACCUGACCUCAAACCUGACCUCAAACCUGACCUCAAACCUGACCUCAAACCUGACCUCAAACCUGACGUCAAACCUGACGUCAAACCUGACGUCAAACCUGACGUCAAACCUGACCUCAAACCUGACCUCAAACCUGACGUCAAACCUGACCUCAAACCUGACCUCAAACCUGACCUCAAACCUGACCUCAAACCUGACCUCAAACCUGACCUCAAACCUGACGUCAAACCUGACGUCAAACCUGAUCUCAAACCUGAUCUCAAACCUGACCUCAAACCUGACCUCAAACCUGACCUCAAACCUGACCUCAAACCUGACCUCAAACCUGACGUCAAACCUGACGUCAAACCUGACCUCAAACCUGAUCUCAAACCUGACCUCAAACCUGACCUCAAACCUGACGUCAAACCUGACGUCAAACCUGACGUCAAACCUGACGUCAAACCUGACGUCAAACCUGACGUCAAACCUGACCUCAAACCUGACCUCAAACCUGACCUCAAACCUGACCUCAAACCUGACCUCAAACCUGACCUCAAACCUGACGUCAAACCUGACCUCAAACCUGACGUCAAACCUGACGUCAAACCUGACGUCAAACCUGACCUCAAACCUGACCUCAAACCUGACGUCAAACCUGACGUCAAACCUGACGUCAAACCUGACGUCAAACCUGACCUCAAACCUGACCUCAAACCUGACGUCAAACCUGACCUCAAACCUGACGUCAAACCUGACGUCAAACCUGACCUCAAACCUGACCUCAAACCUGACCUCAAACCUGACGUCAAACCUGACGUCAAACCUUACCUCAAACCUGACCUCAAACCUUGCGUCAAACCUGACGUCAAACCUGACCUCAAACCUGACCUCAAACCUGACCUGAAACCUGGCGUUAAACCUGACGUCAAACCUGACCUCAAACCUGACCUCAAACCUGACGUCAAACCUGACCUCAAACCUGACCUCAAACCUGAUCUCAAACCUGACCUCAAACCUGACCUCAAACCUGACCUCAAACCUGACCUCAAACCUGACGUCAAACCUGACCUCAAACCUGACCUCAAACCUGACCUCAAACCUCACCUCAGACCUGACGUCAAACCUGACGUCAAACCUGACCUCAAACCUGACCUCAAACCUGACCUCAAACCUGACCUCAAACCUGACCUCAAACCUGACCUCAAACCUGACGUCAAACCUGACGUCAAACCUGACGUCAAACCUGACGUCAAACCUGACCUCAAACCUGACCUCAAACCUGACGUCAAACCUGACGUCAAACCUGAUCUCAAACCUGACCUCAAACCUGACCUCAAACCUGACCUCAAACCUGACCUCAAACCUGACCUCAAACCUGACCUCAAACCUGACCUCAAACCUGACGUCAAACCUAAUCUCAAACCUGAUCUCAAACCUGACCUCAAACCUGACCUCAAACCUGACCUCAAACCUGACGUCAAACCUGACGUCAAACCUGACGUCAAACCUGACGUCAAACCUGAUCUCAAACCUGACCUCAAACCUGACCUCAAACCUGACCUCAAACCUGACCUCAAACCUGACCUCAAACCUGACCUCAAACCUGACCUCAAACCUGACGUCAAACCUAAUCUCAAACCUGAUCUCAAACCUGACCUCAAACCUGACCUCAAACCUGACCUCAAACCUGACGUCAAACCUGACGUCAAACCUGACGUCAAACCUGACGUCAAACCUGAUCUCAAACCUGACCUCAAACCUGACCUCAAACCUGACCUCAAACCUGACCUCAAACCUGACCUCAAACCUGACGUCAAACCUGACGUCAAACCUGAUCUCAAACCUGACCUCAAACCUGACCUCAAACCUGACCUCAAACCUGACCUCAAACCUGACCUCAAACCUGACGUCAAACCUGACGUCAAACCUGACCUCAAACCUGACGUCAAACCUGACGUCAAACCUGACCUCAAACCUGACCUCAAACCUGACGUCAAACCUGACGUCAAACCUGACCUCAAACCUGACGUCAAACCUGACGUCAAACCUGACCUCAAACCUGACCUCAAACCUGACGUCAAACCUGACGUCAAACCUGACGUCAAACCUGAUCUCAAACCUGACCUCAAACCUGACCUCAAACCUGACCUCAAACCUGACCUCAAACCUGACCUCAAACCUGACGUCAAACCUAAUCUCAAACCUGAUCUCAAACCUGACCUCAAACCUGACCUCAAACCUGACCUCAAACCUGACGUCAAACCUGACGUCAAACCUGACGUCAAACCUGAUCUCAAACCUGACCUCAAACCUGACCUCAAACCUGACCUCAAACCUGACCUCAAACCUGACCUCAAACCUGACCUCAAACCUGACGUCAAACCUAAUCUCAAACCUGAUCUCAAACCUGACCUCAAACCUGACCUCAAACCUGACCUCAAACCUGACGUCAAACCUGACGUCAAACCUGACGUCAAACCUGACGUCAAACCUGAUCUCAAACCUGACCUCAAACCUGACCUCAAACCUGACCUCAAACCUGACCUCAAACCUGACCUCAAACCUGACGUCAAACCUGACGUCAAACCUGACCUCAAACCUGACGUCAAACCUGACGUCAAACCUGACCUCAAACCUGACCUCAAACCUGACGUCAAACCUGACGUCAAACCUGACGUCAAACCUGAUCUCAAACCUGACCUCAAACCUGACCUCAAACCUGACCUCAAACCUGACGUCAAACCUGACCUCAAACCUGACCUCAAACCUGACGUCAAACCUGACCUCGAGCCUGACGUCAAACCUGACCUCAAACCUGACGUCAAACCUGACCUCAAACCUGACCUCAAACCUGACCUCAAACCUGACGUCAAACCUGACGUCAAACCUGACCUCAAACCUGACGUCAAACCUGACCUCAAACUUGACGUCAAACCUGACCUCAAACCUGACCUCAAACCUGACCUCAAACCUGACGUCAAACCUGACGUCAAACCUGACCUCAAACCUGACCUCAAACCUGACCUCAAACUUGACGUCAAACCUGACCUCAAACCUGACCUCAAACCUGACCUCAAACCUGACGUCAAACCUGACGUCAAACCUGACCUCAAACCUGACCUCAAACCUGACGUCAAACCUGACCUCAAACCUGACCUCAAACCUGACCUCAAACCUGACGUCAAACCUGACGUCAAACCUGACCUCAAACCUGACCUCAAACCUGACGUCAAACCUGACCUCAAACCUGACCUCAAACCUGACCUCAAACCUGAUGUCAAACCUGACGUCAAACCUGACCUCAAACCUGACGUCAAACCUGACGUCAAACCUGACCUCAAACCUGACCUCAAACCUGACGUCAAACCUGACGUCAAACCUGACGUCAAACCUGAUCUCAAACCUGACCUCAAACCUGACCUCAAACCUGACCUCAAACCUGACCUCAAACCUGACGUCAAACCUGACCUCAAACCUGACCUCAAACCUGACGUCAAACCUGACCUCAAACCUGACGUCAAACCUGACCUCAAACCUGACCUCAAACCUGACCUCAAACCUGACGUCAAACCUGACGUCAAACCUGACCUCAAACCUGACCUCAAACCUGACAUCAAAUUUGAAGUCAAACCUGACCUCAAACCUGACCUCAAACCUGACCUCAAACCUGACGUCAAACCUGACGUCAAACCUGACCUCAAACCUGACGUCAAACCUGACCUCAAACCUGACGUCAAACCUGACCUCAAACUUGACGUCAAACCUGACCUCAAACCUGACCUCAAACCUGACCUCAAACCUGACGUCAAACCUGACGUCAAACCUGACCUCAAACCUGACCUCAAACCUGACGUCAAACCUGACCUCAAACCUGACCUCAAACCUGACCUCAAACCUGACCUCAAACCUGACCUCAAACCUGACGUCAAACCUGACCUCAAACCUGACCUCAAACCUGACGUCAAACCUGACCUCAAACCUGACGUCAAACCUGACCUCAAACCUGACGUCAAACCUGACCUCAAACCUGACGUCAAACCUGACGUCAAACCUGACCUCAAACCUGACCUCAAACCUGACGUCAAACCUGACGUCAAACCUGACGUCAAACCUGAUCUCAAACCUGACCUCAAACCUGACCUCAAACCUGACGUCAAACCUGACCUCAAACCUGACGUCAAACCUGACCUCAAACCUGACCUCAAACCUGACGUCAAACCUGACCUCAAGCCUGACGUCAAAUCUGACCUCAAACCUGACAUCAAACCUGACCUCAAACCUGACCUCAAACCUGACCUCAAACCUGACAUCAAACCUGACGUCAAACCUGAUCUCAAACCUGACCUCAAACCUGACCUCAAACCUGACCUCAAACCUGACCUCAAACCUGACCUCAAACCUGACCUCAAACCUGACCUCAAACCUGACGUCAAACCUAAUCUCAAACCUGAUCUCAAACCUGACCUCAAACCUGACCUCAAACCUGACCUCAAACCUGACGUCAAACCUGACGUCAAACCUGACGUCAAACCUGACCUCAAACCUGACCUCAAACCUGACGUCAAACCUGACGUCAAACCUGACGUCAAACCUGAUCUCAAACCUGACCUCAAACCUGACCUCAAACCUGACCUCAAACCUGACCUCAAACCUGACGUCAAACCUGACCUCAAACCUGACCUCAAACCUGACGUCAAACCUGACCUCAAACCUGACGUCAAACCUGACCUCAAACCUGACCUCAAACCUGACCUCAAACCUGACGUCAAACCUGACGUCAAACCUGACCUCAAACCUGACCUCAAACCUGACAUCAAAUUUGAAGUCAAACCUGACCUCAAACCUGACCUCAAACCUGACCUCAAACCUGACGUCAAACCUGACGUCAAACCUGACCUCAAACCUGACGUCAAACCUGACCUCAAACCUGACCUCAAACCUGACCUCAAACUUGACGUCAAACCUGACCUCAAACCUGACGUCAAACCUGACGUCAAACCUGACCUCAAACCUGACCUCAAACCUGACGUCAAACCUGACCUCAAACCUGACCUCAAACCUGACCUCAAACCUGACCUCAAACCUGACCUCAAACCUGACGUCAAACCUGACCUCAAACCUGACCUCAAACCUGACGUCAAACCUGACCUCAAACCUGACGUCAAACCUGACCUCAAACCUGACGUCAAACCUGACCUCAAACCUGACGUCAAACCUGACCUCAAACCUGACCUCAAACCUGACGUCAAACCUGACGUCAAACCUGACGUCAAACCUGAUCUCAAACCUGACCUCAAACCUGACCUCAAACCUGACGUCAAACCUGACCUCAAACCUGACGUCAAACCUGACCUCAAACCUGACCUCAAACCUGACGUCAAACCUGACCUCAAGCCUGACGUCAAAUCUGACCUCAAACCUGACAUCAAACCUGACCUCAAACCUGACCUCAAACCUGACCUCAAACCUGACAUCAAACCUGACGUCAAACCUGAUCUCAAACCUGACCUCAAACCUGACCUCAAACCUGACCUCAAACCUGACCUCAAACCUGACCUCAAACCUGACCUCAAACCUGACCUCAAACCUGACGUCAAACCUAAUCUCAAACCUGAUCUCAAACCUGACCUCAAACCUGACCUCAAACCUGACCUCAAACCUGACGUCAAACCUGACGUCAAACCUGACGUCAAACCUGACCUCAAACCUGACCUCAAACCUGACCUCAAACCUGACCUCAAACCUGAUCUCAAACCUGACCUCAAACCUGACCUCAAACCUGACGUCAAACCUGACGUCAAACCUGACCUCAAACCUGACCUCAAACCUGACCUCAAACCUGACGUCAAACCUGACGUCAAACCUGAUCUCAAACCUGACCUCAAACCUGACCUCAAACCUGACCUCAAACCUGACCUCAAACCUGACCUCAAACCUGACCUCAAACCUGACGUCAAACCUGACGUCAAACCUGAUCUCAAACCUGACCUCAAACCUGACCUCAAACCUGACCUCAAACCUGACCUCAAACCUGACCUCAAACCUGACGUCAAACCUGACGUCAAACCUGACCUCAAACCUGACCUCAAACCUGACGUCAAACCUGACCUCAAACCUGACGUCAAACCUGAUCUCAAACCUGACCUCAAACCUGACCUCAAACCUGACCUCAAACCUGACGUCAAACCUGACCUCAAACCUGACCUCAAACCUGACGUCAAACCUGACCUCAAACCUGACGUCAAACCUGACCUCAAACCUGACCUCAAACCUGACCUCAAACCUGACCUCAAACCUGACCUCAAACCUGACGUCAAACCUGACGUCAAACCUGACCUCAAACCUGACGUCAAACCUGACCUCAAACUUGACGUCAAACCUGACCUCAAACCUGACCUCAAACCUGACGUCAAACCUGACCUCAAACCUGACCUCAAACCUGACGUCAAAUUUGACGUCAAACCUGACGUCAAACCUGACCUCAAACUUGACGUCAAACCUGACCUCAAACCUGACCUCAAACCUGACCUGAAACCUGGCGUCAAGCCUGACGUCAAACCUGACCUCAAACCUGACCUCAAACCUGACGUCAAACCUGACCUCAAACCUGACCUCAAACCUGACCUCAAACCUGACCUCAAACCUGACCUCAAACCUGACCUCAAACCUGACCUCAAACUUGACGUCAAACCUGACCUCAAACCUGACCUCAAACCUGACCUCAAACCUGACGUCAAACCUGACGUCAAACCUGACGUCAAACCUGACCACAAACCUGACAUCAAAUUUGACGUCAAACCUGACCUCAAACCUGACCUCAAACCUGACCUCAAACCUGACGUCAAACCUGACGUCAAACCUGACCUCAAACCUGACCUCAAACCUGACGUCAAACCUGACCUCAAACCUGACCUCAAACCUGACCUCAAACCUGACGUCAAACCUGACGUCAAACCUGACCUCAAACCUGACCUCAAACCUGACGUCAAACCUGACCUCAAACCUGACCUCAAACCUGACCUCAAACCUGAUGUCAAACCUGACGUCAAACCUGACCUCAAACCUGACGUCAAACCUGACGUCAAACCUGACCUCAAACCUGACCUCAAACCUGACGUCAAACCUGACGUCAAACCUGACGUCAAACCUGAUCUCAAACCUGACCUCAAACCUGACCUCAAACCUGACCUCAAACCUGACCUCAAACCUGACUUCAAACCUGACCUCAAACCUGACUUCAAGCCUGACGUCAAACCUGACCUCAAACCUGACCUCAAACCUGACCUCAAACCUGACGUCAAACCUGACGUCAAACCUGACCUCAAACCUGACCUCAAACCUGACAUCAAAUUUGAAGUCAAACCUGACCUCAAACCUGACCUCAAACCUGACCUCAAACCUGACGUCAAACCUGACGUCAAACCUGACGUCAAACCUGACGUCAAACCUGACCUCAAACCUGACGUCAAACCUGACCUCAAACCUGACCUCAAACCUGACCUCAAACUUGACGUCAAACCUGACCUCAAACCUGACCUCAAACCUGACCUCAAACCUGACGUCAAACCUGACGUCAAACCUGACCUCAAACCUGACCUCAAACCUGACGUCAAACCUGACCUCAAACCUGACCUCAAACCUGACCUCAAACCUGACCUCAAACCUGACCUCAAACCUGACGUCAAACCUGACCUCAAACCUGACCUCAAACCUGACGUCAAACCUGACCUCAAACCUGACGUCAAACCUGACCUCAAACCUGACGUCAAACCUGACCUCAAACCUGACGUCAAACCUGACGUCAAACCUGACCUCAAACCUGACCUCAAACCUGACGUCAAACCUGACGUCAAACCUGACGUCAAACCUGAUCUCAAACCUGACCUCAAACCUGACCUCAAACCUGACGUCAAACCUGACCUCAAACCUGACGUCAAACCUGACCUCAAACCUGACCUCAAACCUGACGUCAAACCUGACCUCAAACCUGACGUCAAACCUGACCUCAAACCUGACAUCAAACCUGACCUCAAACCUGACCUCAAACCUGACCUCAAACCUGACAUCAAACCUGACGUCAAACCUGAUCUCAAACCUGACCUCAAACCUGACCUCAAACCUGACCUCAAACCUGACCUCAAACCUGACCUCAAACCUGACCUCAAACCUGACCUCAAACCUGACCUCAAACCUGACGUCAAACCUAAUCUCAAACCUGAUCUCAAACCUGACCUCAAACCUGACCUCAAACCUGACCUCAAACCUGACGUCAAACCUGACGUCAAACCUGACGUCAAACCUGACCUCAAACCUGACCUCAAACCUGACCUCAAACCUGACCUCAAACCUGAUCUCAAACCUGACCUCAAACCUGACCUCAAACCUGACGUCAAACCUGACGUCAAACCUGACCUCAAACCUGACCUCAAACCUGACCUCAAACCUGACGUCAAACCUGACGUCAAACCUGAUCUCAAACCUGACCUCAAACCUGACCUCAAACCUGACCUCAAACCUGACCUCAAACCUGACCUCAAACCUGACCUCAAACCUGACGUCAAACCUGACGUCAAACCUGAUCUCAAACCUGACCUCAAACCUGACCUCAAACCUGACCUCAAACCUGACCUCAAACCUGACCUCAAACCUGACGUCAAACCUGACGUCAAACCUGACCUCAAACCUGACCUCAAACCUGACGUCAAACCUGACCUCAAACCUGACGUCAAACCUGAUCUCAAACCUGACCUCAAACCUGACCUCAAACCUGACCUCAAACCUGACCUCAAACCUGACGUCAAACCUGACCUCAAACCUGACCUCAAACCUGACGUCAAACCUGACCUCAAACCUGACGUCAAACCUGACCUCAAACCUGACCUCAAACCUGACCUCAAACCUGACCUCAAACCUGACCUCAAACCUGACGUCAAACCUGACGUCAAACCUGACCUCAAACCUGACCUCAAACCUGACCUCAAACCUGACGUCAAACCUGACGUCAAACCUGACCUCAAACCUGACGUCAAAUUUGACGUCAAACCUGACGUCAAACCUGACCUCAAACUUGACGUCAAACCUGACCUCAAACCUGACCUCAAACCUGACCUCAAACCUGACGUCAAACCUGACCUCAAACCUGACCUCAAACCUGACCUCAAACCUGACGUCAAACCUGACCUCAAACCUGACCUCAAACCUGACCUCAAACCUGACCUCAAACCUGACCUCAAACCUGACCUCAAACCUGACCUCAAACCUGACCUCAAACUUGACGUCAAACCUGACCUCAAACCUGACCUCAAACCUGACCUCAAACCUGAUGUCAAACCUGACGUCAAACCUGACCUCAAACCUGACCUCAAACCUGACCUCAAACUUGACGUCAAACCUGACCUCAAACCUGACCUCAAACCUGACCUCAAACCUGACGUCAAACCUGACGUCAAACCUGACCUCAAACCUGACCUCAAACCUGACGUCAAACCUGACCUCAAACCUGACCUCAAACCUGACCUCAAACCUGACGUCAAACCUGACGUCAAACCUGACCUCAAACCUGACCUCAAACCUGACCUCAAACCUGAUGUCAAACCUGACGUCAAACCUGACCUCAAACCUGACGUCAAACCUGACGUCAAACCUGACCUCAAACCUGACCUCAAACCUGACGUCAAACCUGACGUCAAACCUGACGUCAAACCUGAUCUCAAACCUGACCUCAAACCUGACCUCAAACCUGACCUCAAACCUGACCUCAAACCUGACGUCAAACCUGACCUCAAACCUGACCUCAAACCUGACCUCAAACCUGACCUCAAACCUGACGUCAAACCUGACGUCAAACCUGACCUCAAACCUGACCUCAAACCUGACGUCAAACCUGACCUCAAACCUGACGUCAAACCUGACGUCAAACCUGACCUCAAACCUGACCUCAAACCUGACCUCAAACCUGAUGUCAAACCUGACGUCAAACCUGACCUCAAACCUGACGUCAAACCUGACGUCAAACCUGACCUCAAACCUGACCUCAAACCUGACGUCAAACCUGACGUCAAACCUGACGUCAAACCUGAUCUCAAACCUGACCUCAAACCUGACGUCAAACCUGACCUCAAACCUGACCUCAAACCUGACGUCAAACCUGACCUCAAACCUGACGUCAAACCUGACCUCAAACCUGACAUCAAACCUGACCUCAAACCUGACCUCAAACCUGACCUCAAACCUGACAUCAAACCUGACGUCAAACCUGAUCUCAAACCUGACCUCAAACCUGACCUCAAACCUGACCUCAAACCUGACCUCAAACCUGACCUCAAACCUGACCUCAAACCUGACCUCAAACCUGACGUCAAACCUAAUCUCAAACCUGAUCUCAAACCUGACCUCAAACCUGACCUCAAACCUGACCUCAAACCUGACGUCAAACCUGACGUCAAACCUGACGUCAAACCUGACCUCAAACCUGACCUCAAACCUGACCUCAAACCUGACCUCAAACCUGAUCUCAAACCUGACCUCAAACCUGACCUCAAACCUGACGUCAAACCUGACGUCAAACCUGACCUCAAACCUGACCUCAAACCUGACCUCAAACCUGACGUCAAACCUGACGUCAAACCUGAUCUCAAACCUGACCUCAAACCUGACCUCAAACCUGACCUCAAACCUGACCUCAAACCUGACCUCAAACCUGACCUCAAACCUGACGUCAAACCUGACGUCAAACCUGAUCUCAAACCUGACCUCAAACCUGACCUCAAACCUGACCUCAAACCUGACCUCAAACCUGACCUCAAACCUGACGUCAAACCUGACGUCAAACCUGACCUCAAACCUGACGUCAAACCUGACGUCAAACCUGACCUCAAACCUGACCUCAAACCUGACGUCAAACCUGACCUCAAACCUGACGUCAAACCUGAUCUCAAACCUGACCUCAAACCUGACCUCAAACCUGACCUCAAACCUGACCUCAAACCUGACGUCAAACCUGACCUCAAACCUGACCUCAAACCUGACGUCAAACCUGACCUCAAACCUGACGUCAAACCUGACCUCAAACCUGACCUCAAACCUGACCUCAAACCUGACCUCAAACCUGACCUCAAACCUGACGUCAAACCUGACGUCAAACCUUACCUCAAACCUGACCUCAAAUUUGACGUCAAACCUGACGUCAAACCUGACCUCAAACUUGACGUCAAACCUGACCUCAAACCUGACCUCAAACCUGACCUGAAACCUGGCAUCAAACCUGACGUCAAACCUGACCUCAAACCUGACCUCAAACCUGACGUCAAACCUGACCUCAAACCUGACCUCAAACCUGACCUCAAACCUGACCUCAAACCUGACCUCAAACCUGACGUCAAACCUGACCUCAAACCUGACCUCAAACCUGACCUCAAACUUGACGUCAAACCUGACCUCAAACCUGACCUCAAACCUGACCUCAAACCUGACGUCAAACCUGACGUCAAACCUGACCUCAAACCUGACCUCAAACCUGACGUCAAACCUGACCUCAAACCUGACGUCAAACCUGACGUCAAACCUGACCUCAAACCUGACCUCAAACCUGACCUCAAACCUGACCUCAAACCUGACCUCAACCCAGACCUCAAACCCCACCCCUCGGAUGCACCCCCCUGGUGGCCAGGUGUGGUGUGUCUUUUUGCAGCGAAAACCCGUUGCUCCUCUGUGUUCUUCUGGCCGUCCAUGUCUGUAGCUUCAUGGUCCCGUUGUUCCUCUCCCGUGCCUGCAUGCAGGUGCGGGGACUUUCUUGGACGGGAGGUGCCUCGGAAUCGGUGGUCGUGCUGCGACAAGGACGAGAAACUCUUUCAAGCGUGGUGUGGGCACGAGGCGCACCGCAACCACUCGCUGUGGGAGGAGGCGUGCAGUCCAGCGCACGACGCGUUCGGAUCGCAGAAGAUCAGCGUGCGCAAGAAGGGCAAGGACCCCGCGCUCUGGGACAUCUACAUAGAAGAACAACCGGAGCCGCAUAACUCGCAGUACUCCCUGCUCGCCGUUUCCGAAGCAGAGCUCUCCACUGCUGCCACGCUUACUGGGCCGUAUGGGUCCGAGCCGCCUGCCGAACCGGAUUUUGCAGGCUCGGUGACAGCAGCAGCUCCUUCCAGUGCCAAUGGUUCGGUUUCCGAGCCUCCUUCUACGUCCGUUCCUCCUGUGGUGCCAGUUGUGGAGGACCCGGUUACCAACGUAACGCAAUGCACGUGCUCGGGGGAUGACUGGGAGUGUUACAAGCCGGCACAGCUGCACUUUCUGGAGAUGCUGUCGCGGGUGGAGAAGGGGUGUGUGAUUCUGCUGACUGGCGACAUGGGGUACUCAGACAUCAAGGUGUUCCGGCCGGGUCCAGGGCGGCCGUACACGGAUCUCUACCGCAGCUCGCACCACUAUCGCCCCAUCUACCAGGUCAUGGCAAGUGGCUUGACAAGGAGACCACGAAUAGACACGUCCUGCAGUGCAGGCAAUGCGUGGACACAUGACCCGCUCAAGAUGCGGCACCCCUCCGAGUGCUCCAUUGCCCCCGCCCCCUCCUUUGGCAUGGUGGAGGUGGAUUGGGAUAGAGAAAAGUUGGUGAAGCUACAAGUGAGGGACGGGGAUACGAGCCAACCUCACCUCGUCUUGCGCGCUGCCUCGCGCUCCCUUCGCUUUCGACGACAGCAAGGCAGCAGAUGGGGCGCUUCAAUCAGCCGUACGGGCCACGUGGCACUAGAUGAACCGGCAAAUGAUACUGCACAGCUGAAUACGUACUUUCCCCCAGCCGGGUACGCAAGCGCUGUUCUUCCGCCCACAUGGCUUCCGCCCACUGGCGCGCCUACUGGGAGCGGCGGAAUUUUCCGCCGAGAGUACGGUUCGCGGGAGUUGGAUAAUCGGGGGUCGCGGGGAUUGACAAGUUCAGCUGAAGCUGCGCCAGCGGCGGAUGCGGACGAGGUGGGGCGGAUAGCGGAAACUCGUACGCCACAGGCUGCUGCGGCAGAGGGAGAAGCGGAGAAACACGGGGUGCAGACCCGCGCGGAGGGCGCUGGGCGAAAGGGCGGCGGGAAAGGCGGGGGAAGCGGGUGGUGGGAGGCGGAGGAGAGGCGGAGGCAGAAGCGCGUGCCAGCGUGGGUGUUCGGGGAGUUCGAGCAUCCCAUCCGACGUGGCAGCCUGCCAUUGCACGCGUGGAUCGCGUUCAAGGUUCUCAAAGAUGCCGGCCUCGAGCCGUACCUCGUGGGCGGCGCAGUGCGCGACCUAUUCUUGGGCCGAAUCCCCAAGGACGUGGACAUCAUCGUGGACGCGUCACCAGCCCACGUGGCACGCAUCUUCCGCGAGCGCAAGUUCCGCCCCGUCGUGAUUGGCCGUCGCUUCCCCAUCUGCCGCGUCUUCCUCAAAAACGCCGUCGUGGACCAUGCACAAAGCAACGUUCCACGUGCCCAUGCGAGUGCAGAUUCCCAGCUUCCCGCCCUGCUCUUCCUGUCUAUACGAGUGCAGGUUUCCAGUUUUGACAGCGAGCCAACAGCGGUGAUUCCCCCUGCUGUGCCCUCAAAAGACGAUGCACUGUUGGCAGCACCGGCCGCCCAGCCCCCCUCUGCAUCAGAAGAAGAACAGCUUGCAGCAGCAGCAGCAGCAACAGCAGCAGCAGCAGCAGCAGCAGCAGGGGAGGAUGGGAGCGCAAUCAGCGCUCCAGCAGCAGAGGCGGAGGCUUUGUGUCAAAAGGAGUCGGACGGGGUUCAGGUGGAUUGGAGGAGCGCGGCAGUGCGGCCAGCGGUGCAGCGGCAUGCGUAUGUGUGGUCGGAGGGCGACGAGCGGCGCUGGCGCAACGCCAUGAAGCGCGACCUCACUGUCAACGCCCUGUUCUUCGACCCGCAUCGCCACAUGCUGUUUGACUAUGUGGGCGGCACCCGCGACCUCUACAAACAGACUGUGAGUGACAUUGCUUGCAUGCAUGCUUAG